UAUGGCGUUUAUAUCGAUUUGCAGAUAGAUGUGUACUCAAAAGAAGUCUCGGUGUUGAUGCUAGGAGAGGAUAUACCUACAUUCAUUGCCUACCCCGCAUCUGCACCCUGUGUUUCAAACAAUCGAAAUUCAAGUCCAAACUCCAUUCUAGAAUGUGAAACGUUUGAUUUUUGUAUUACGUCAUGGUUUGUGCUUCUGCGGUUAACUUUUUCUUCUUGCGAACUGAUUUCAUCUUCAUUGCCGAGAUUUGUUAUGAGAAUUUUGUGUAUAUAUAUAAUUAGAAGGAACCAAACUGCAAAAGCAAGCCUUGGCUUAAGUAAAUAUGUAUUUUAAGAUUUUUGCCAAAU